UUCAUAAGACGCUUAUGCAUUUCAUAAGCGUAACUUAUGAUUUUCAGAAGCGUCGAUGAAGUUAUCAUUUUUGGAUUUGAAGUCAGUUUGUCAAAAUGGCGAAUCAUGGAAGCCUUGUGUUCAACGAACAGAGAUUAAUCGCAGAUUUAAUUUCGAAUGUACCGGGUGUGUGCAUUGGACUAUUUCAGCAGGCAAAACUACGCUUAAUAGACUUGCUAACGUUGGAUGAAGCUUCUUUUUGUUCGCUGUUUUCGAAUUACUCGCUUCCAUUUGAAAUCAACCAAAUUUGGAGCUGGGUGCUGGAUUGGCGGCAGAGAAAUGUAAGUAUUUGCAUCCUACACCUUCAAAACUGUUUGCUAGUGGAAGAAGUUCCAGAUUUCGCAAGAGGUGGCCAGCUCCUGAAAGAAAAAGCAGUUAGAAUCGGAAAUCCGAUCGAUGAUCUCCGAGUGUUUAAAGAGGAAAUUCAGGAAAGUUAUCCAUCCGCUGAUGAAGAUUUCAGCCAUGUAAACAAACCAGUUAACGAAAUUGAUGAUUCGAGUGAGUUUGUUCUACCAGCACCCUCGAGUUCAGCAACCGGAAAGCAGACGACAAUUACGAACGCAGCUGUAUUUAAGUUUAAAAUUACCACUGAAGAGUCAAAUUUGGUAGCGGAAAGUGCAGAAAAAUUAUCUACAGAAAAGCUCGAGAAAAGAGGAUUAUUUUCACUUCGAAGUACUCUCAGUGAGCCUACAUCAAAUAAAAAGCUUCCUCCAGCUGUACGUACCGUCGAGGUUUUAGAGCCAGAAGUAGCAGAGCAUUUUCCUGCGAACAGAAACGUGGAACAAAACAACGAAAGAGAAGAAUUUUUGACAUCAGCGAACAGCGAAUCACCUCCUUUUCUGUCGCCAAACCAUCUCCGAGCUCUUUUGGUAAAAACAGAUUAUGGAAAACAAGUGUUGAAAGAAGCGACAACGCACAAGCUUUCUAACGCGGGUCAAAAGCUAGUCGUCGACAUGGUUGCCCGAUUCCAUUUAUCUUUGGGACGAAAAACCACUGCAGAGUCAAUAAACGACCUUAGUGAAGUCAUUAUUCGCGUUUUUCCCAAAAAAUCAAAGGAUACAUACUACCUACCGAAAGCUGAUAGAUCCAAUCCUGGAGGAAAAGUUUUUAGCAGGAUCAACUAUAUUAAACAAUUCAAAGGUUCACAAUUUACAAUAGGUCAAUUUAUAACAAUAUCGGAAAACGCAUCGAUCAAAUUGAUUAAUAAUGAUUUUAACUAG